AUGAAGUUCCCCACUCCGAAUGGAAUAGGAGUCGUCAGAGGUGACCGACAGGCAGCCCGCAGUUGCUACGUGAAGGCAUGGAAGAAGAUUGGCAGCAAGGACCUACAGGUCUACACGAUCGCGGAGAAAAUUUUCAAAGAAGAAGAGGCCUGGCCCCGUGCCGAGCCCGUGUCAGAGACGGAAGAUAUAGUUCUGGAUCCCUCCAGACCAGACCAAGUGGUGAAGAUCGGCACAGGCUUAAGCCCAGAGCUAAGGGCCCAGAUAGUGGAUGUAAUCCGCCGUUCUCACACGGUGUUCGCAUGGGGACCAGAGGACAUGCCGGGCAUAGAUCGAAGGAUCAUAACCCACAAGCUCGCAGUCGACCCUAGCGGAAAACUAGUGCAUCAGCGAAAAAGGUAUAUGUCGGCAGAACGAAGAGAGUUCGUGAAAAAUGAGGUGACCGCAUUACUCAACGUAGGGCACAUCAAGGAGAUUUACUACCCACAGUGGCUGAGCAACGUAGUCUUGGCUCCCAAAGGAUCAACGUGGAGGAUGUGCGUAGACUACACGGACCUCAAUAAGGCAUGCCCUAUGGACCGUUUUCCACUACCCAAUAUAGAUCAAUUGGUGGAUGAGACGGCAGGGUGUGAACUCAUGAGCUUCAUGGACGCCUUCCGUGGGUACCAUCAGAUAUCCAUGCAUGAGGAGGACGCCGAGAAGACCGCCUUCACCACUCCCGAUGGGAUAUUCUGCUACUUGGUCAUGUCGUUCGGAUUGAAGAAUGCCGGGGCCACAUACACUCGCAUGGUGGCAAAGCUGUUCAAGACAGUACUGGGACGAAACAUGGAAGCAUACGUGGACGACAUGAUCGUCAAAAGUCGCAAGGCCACCUCCCAUGCCGAGGAUCUCAGCGAGGUAUUUUCCAUUAUGAAGAAAUUUAAUUUGCGCUUGAACCCAAAAAAAUGCACCUUCGCUGUUGAUGGGGGCAAAUUUUUGGGCUUCAUGGUCACUAGGAACGGCAUUGAGCCGAAUCCAGAAAAAGUAAGGAUUAUCCUUGACAUGGAGCCUCCGCGGUCCAUAAAGGAAGUCCAGAGACUCAACGGGCGUCUGGCAGCCUUAGGCCGUUUUCUAUCUAAAUCGGCUGAACGUUCCCUCCCCUUCUUCCAAAUCUUGAAAAAGAGCAAAGGGUUCGAGUGGACGCCAAACUGUCAAAAGGGCUUCGAGGAGUUGAAAAAAUACUUGUUGUCCCCACCCCUGCUUGCAAAGCCAGAGGCAGGUGAAGCCCUAAUUUUGUACUUGGGCGUGUCACAGGGUGCGAUCAGCUCCGUGUUGGUCAAAGAAGAAGGAGGGACUCAGCGUCCCAUCUACUACGUAAGCAAAGCCCUACACGACGCAGAGCUCCGAUACAGUGUGUUGGAGAAGACAGUAUUUGCCAUAGUCACUUCAUCAAAAAGGUUGGCUCACUACUUCCAAGCUCAACCCAUCCACGUACUCUCACACCAGCCGUUGGGGAGCUUCCUCCGGAAUACUAACAGCUCCGCCAGGAUGGCACGGUGGGCCAUGCACCUCAGUCAGUUUGACAUAGAUUUCAAACCAAGGCCCGCCAUCAAAGGCCAAGCUCUUGCAGACUUUAUAGUGGAGUGCACAGCUCGGGAAGUGACGGACCAGGUAGAAACUGAAGAUGGAGGGUGGUGGACCUUGUCCACAGACGGCUCUUCGAACAGCAAAGGUUGCGGCGGUGGCGUAGUACUCGUCACUCCGGAGGGGUUCCGCGCCUACUAUGCCAUCCGAUUCCACUUCAAAUUAUCUAACAAUGAGGCCGAGUACGAGGCCCUCCUCAAUGGACUGCGAUUGGCGGUGGGACUACGAGCUGAGAAGGUCCGAAUUCGAUGCGAUUCCAAGUUGGUAGUCAGCCAGGUGUCUGGGGAGUAUGAAGCCAACGAAGGAAGCAUGCAGAAAUACAGAGACGCGGUGUUGAGAACCCUGCGCGAGUUUGAGGGAUACGAGAUACACCAGGUAUCGAGAGAGCAGAACGCCGACGUCGACAUGCUCUCAAAGCUAUGUACCGGAGUCCCCAGCCACAUUAGGAAGAUCGCUCGACUGGAAGACCUCGAGACUUCAAGUAUCGAUGUUUCGUGGGUCUUCCCUGUGCAGACUAGGGAGCCAUGUUGGAUUGAUCAUAUCAAACGAUACAAGGCAGAUGGCACCCUACCGCAAGACGAGGCAGACGCAAAGGAAACGAGGUUACGGGCACCCAGCUACGUUGUCUCGGGCGAUAAACUGUACAAACGCUCUUACAACGGCACGUUACUGAGGUGUCUAUAUCCAGAUGAAGCGGAGUUGGUGAUAAAAGAGGUCCACGAGGGGGUAUGCUCCGCGCACCAAGGGGCGUACACCAUCGCACGCCACAUCAUGUUACAAGGGUAUUUUUGGCCCAAAAUGCUGAGGGACUGCGCCGAGUAUACAAAGCGAUGUCCCAAGUGCCAAGAAUUCCAAGCACUGCCGGGUCGACCUGUGACGAACUACACCCCGGUAAGCACCGCGAUUCCUUUUUCGAGAUGGGGAAUUGACCUGGUAAGGGCCCUUCCCACGGGGACUGGAAGCAGGAAGUACAUCAUUGUGGCCAUCGACUAUUUCACGAAAUGGGUAAUCACAGACAAUGGCCGUCAGUUCGAGGCACGAGAAUUUUCAGAAUUCUUAGCAGGAUGGGGCGUUAAGCAUAGCCGGGUGGCGGUAUCUUAUCCUCGGGCGAAUGGGCAAGUGGAGAAUGCGAAUAGAACCAUCCUCGACGACCUCAAGAAAAAACUAGAAGUGGCUGGCGGAGCCUGGGUGAAGGAACUCGACGGCAUCCUCUGGGCCUAUCGCACGACACCAAGAAGGGCCACCGGGGAAACCCCGUUCGCACUCGCCUAUGGAUUCGAAGCUCGGGCCCCGGUGGAAGUAAUCAUACCUAGUAGAAGGGUGGAGGAGUUCGAGUCAGAACAAAAUGAACUCCACCAAAUGGUGGAUCUGAACUUCUUGGAUGAAAAAAGAGAAGCGGCAUUCUGCAAGAUGGAGAACUACGGUCGUCAGCUAAAGUCCUACCACGACGCAAAAGUCCGACCCCGGUACUUCCAGGUCGGCGACCUUGUGUUGCGAAGAAGGGAAGCCAGCCAACCCCUUGAAGGGGGAAAAUUCGCAAAGAAGUGGGAGGGGCCUUACGCCAUGGAGGAAGUCGUUCGCCCAGGAACAUACAAGUUAAAAACUACAGGGGGAAGAAUGAUCGAUCGGGUAUAG